CCGCGUCUUUCGCCAGGGCUGAUCGACACCCACCACAUUACCACCCAGAAGCAGCACCUACCUAGGAACUCAGAUAUCAAAUACAUCAGAUCCACACUAUCCUGCUACGAGAUUGCAACAAUGGGGCGCUUCGAAACGCUUAACCCUGAUACACAAGAUCAGGUUGAAGCCAUGCUUCCAGCGAUAGCGAAGGCGUUCAAGAUCGAUGAUGUCAAGGACAUCAUCCCGGAGGAUAUCCGCAUGCGCGCCUGGGACUGCGAGCGCCGCGAUCACAUCAAAGACCAGACUGAAGACGAGCCCCGCAACUGGGGCGUGCAGUUCCUCCGGGAUCUUCAGGCUAUCGCGCGUCUUACAAAGGGCGAUAUUCCUAGGCUCCAGGCAGAUUUGCGCCGCAAGGUCGAGAAGCAUGCCGACAACCACCCUUGGUGCCGGCUUCAAGACAUCAAGGACCUGAAGAAGAAAUACAUGAGCCCUGAUGUGCCUAGUGAAGAAGAACCCGAUCCGGAGGAGUACGUCACGGAGUACGCUUCUUCUCCGGAUUCGUAUUUCGAGGAACUCGUUGAGCAGGAAGUUCCGAAAGGCAUGCGUCGCCCUCGAAACCACGAGGCGUAUGAAGUUCGGCCCCAGCCCAGCCAAAAGAAGCGAGAGAAAUCUUCUCGUCUUCGCCGUGACAGUGAAGGUUGGGAGCGACGCCAGAAGACCAACCGUCACUCGGUCUUCCACUCUGUGGAGGAUGGUAGCUCUAUUCACGGCAACUUCACGGCUGCUAACCCGACUUCUCGUGCGGGAUCGUCCAUGAUCAACUUCGAAGGUUUCCCUAGCUACUAUCAGCCAGAUGUUCCGCUUGAAUCUCAGAAGCUUCAGGCCGAACUAGAGGUUGCGGAGGCCGAGUUGAACUACGCUCGUCUCAAGGUCAAGUUCUUCGACGCCAAAAAGCGGGAGGAGAGCGCGCUUCAGGGAAGCGCUGAUCAAUACGAUUCUCGACCAUCAUAUCUAGGUUAG